AUGGCCACAGCUGGGACCUCCCGUGAGGACGUGGUUGAUCCCGCCGAGAUAUCAGACCCGGCCUCCAGCGCGGGCGCCGGCCCCAGGCCCCUGCCGACCCCCGGGCCGUCCGCGGGGCCCCUGCGGUUCUCCAGACAUGGCCGGCUGUCCUGCUGUCCUGAGUGCAGGACACCCCUCAGCAUCCGUGCGGGCCCCACACUGGACACAAGGUCCCCACAAGCCAGCAGAUGCAAGGGAGAGCGGCCUGCACUGGCCACUGACAACGUGCUCGGCCAGGGGCAGCGCGGGCGCCAGGCCCACGGCUGGUCACCACGGCGGCCGGGCCAGACGGUGACAGGUGCGACGUGGGGCUGGGCCCGGGGAGGCCCUGUGUCCACCCGGCAGUCAGCCCUCCGCCGCCUCGCCACGGCUCACGCCACUUCCUCCCGGCUCUGUGGCCUGGCUGAGCCCCCUGCCCACUUCCUGUGGCUGGAGGAUAAAGGGGCUCCGCGGCUGGGGAGGACAGACCUGUGGGGACCUGGCAAGAUGCUGAGCCUGCUGGGCCUGACUCUCUUCCUGCUGGCGGGAUCCACUGCUGAGCCUGAGGACCCCGGGACGCCUGUGCACCCCGCCCUCAGGGCCCUCGGGCCACCUCAAGCACCUGUCACCAAGAAUGAGCUGGUGGGCGUCGUGGGCGGGUCCAGCGCCCCCCAGGGGCGGUGGCCAUGGCAGGUCAGCCUGAGGGUCUACAGCUACCACUGGGCCUCCUGGGUGCACAUCUGCGGCGGCUCCCUCGUCCACCCGCGGUGGGUGCUGACCGCCGCCCACUGCAUCCGCCGGCGGGACGUGGACCCGGCGGCCUUCCGGGUGCACGUGGGGGACGUGUACCUGUACGGGGGCCAGCAGCUGCUGGGCGUGAGCAAGGUCAUCGUCCACCAGGACUACGUGCACUGGAUGCUGGGCUCCGACGUGGCGCUGCUGCGGCUGGCAGAGCCCGUGCAGUGCUCGAACAGCGUCAAGCCCGUCAGGCUGCCGUCCGCCUCCCUGGACGCUGCCUCGCUGGACCAGUGCUGGGUGACGGGCUGGGGCGCCAUCAGCCUGUUUUCCUCGCUGCCGCCGCCCUACCGCCUGCAGGAGGCGAAGCUGCUGGUGGUGAGCAACGCCGUCUGUGAGGAGAAAUUCCACAACGCCACCUGGCACCGCUUCCGUGGCCGCAGGUUCAUCCAGGAGGACAUGCUGUGUGCCGGCGGCUUUGGCCGGGGCUCCUGCUACGGCGACUCGGGAGGGCCCCUGGUCUGCAAGGUGUCGGGCGCCUGGACGCUGAUGGGCGUGGUCAGCUGGGGCUACGGCUGCGCCCUGAUCGACGUGCCCGGCGUCUACGCCCGCGUCCAGACCUUCGUGCCCUGGGUCCUGAAGCAGGUGCAGAGGUUCUCCUGAGCCCAGCCGGGGACGGGGGCAGGGCCGCCCGCUCCCGCACCGCCGAGCUCCGCCUGGACCCCUGGGCCCGGCCCCCUCAGGCCUGCGGGAGCCUGGACUGCUCUGACCGGAGAUGGGGGGGCGGCGUGAGGCCCCCGCUGACCGGCUGCCUGCCCAGGGAAGGUCCUGGGGUGGGCGGCGGGGCGGGGCGGGGCGCAGGCCCGCGGCGUGGAGAGUCCGGCCGCGGCGUGGAGAGUCCGGCUGCUGAAGGCUGCGGCUUGUCUCCGCUCCCAGGCUUUGCUGAAUAAA